AUGACUAUCAGAAAGGACAAACUAUCAAGAGAGUUUUCAGUUAUUGCUAGCUUGUUACUUUUGUUAGUGUUAAGUAUUGCCUUGUUACAUGUUGGACAUGUUAGAGCUUCACGCCCUAAUUGUGCACAAACUCUCUCAACCACAAGUUCUAGUUCAAGCGAUACAUUCAAAAAGAAUACUCUUAAACAUGAAGAUGAAGAUUUAGAGAUGAUACAUGGUGUCAGUGUCCUUGGAAGAGGUGGAGGUCGUGGUGGUGGAGGCAGAGGUGGUGGAAGAGGAGGUGGACGUGGUGGAGGCAGAGGUGGAAGAGGUGGACGUGGUGGUUCUGGAGGCAGAGGUGGUGGACGUGGUGGUAGAGGUGGCAGUGCAGGAGGCAGAGGUGGUUCUGGCAGAGGCAGUUCUGGAGGCAGAGGUGGUAAUGGAGCUAGUGGAAAGGGUGGACGUGGUGGAGGAGGCAGAGGUGGCAGCUCUGGAGGAAGAGGUGGCAGAGGUGGAAAAGGAGCCAGUGGAAAAAGUGGAAGAAAUGGUGGAAAGGGUUCUGGCAAAAGUGGUGGUAAAAGUGGAAAAAGUGGAAAAUCAGCAAGUAAGAGCUCAAAGAGUUCUAGUAAAUCUUCUUCAAAGAACAGUAGCAAAUCAAAGAGCUCCAAGACAAGUGCCAAAAGUAAAGCUGCCAGCAAGAAUAGUAAGACCAAGUCCAGUCUCUCAAUUGGCCCAAAGAAUAGAAAUACUGCUCUCAAGGAUAGUCUUCGUUCUAUUUCGUCAACACCAGCACCAACAGCAAAUGAAAUCUCAACACAAAUUUCUGUCACUAGAACUACAUCACCAAAAGGAGGUGCUUCAAGAAUGGAAUUUUCAAUGGGAGCAUUGAAUUUAUUGAUGAAUUCUCCUGCACUAUUUAAUGGUAUUCUUGGACCAACUUCAUUGGCUUUACCACAAGUUCAAUUCACAUCAUAUUCUAAUACAACAUGUGUUGCAUGUCAAGUUGAAUGUAAAAAGAAGUGGAAUGGUUUGGGACGUAGAUCUCUCUUUACAACAUGCAAACAUGAAUUUUUCUAUUAUGGAUGUGAGAAGGAAACACCAUGUUUAAUGACAAAUACUGCUGCUGAAAGAGAUACUGAAGGAAUGAUUGCCAUCUGUUACAUGAGAAAUCAAUGUGCUUUUGACAUGUCUGUAGUUGCACCUUACAUUUUACGUUUUGGAGAAGGUGCUGCAAUCAAACAAAUUGUAAAAUCCAUUUCUAGUUCCGCUCAAAAUCCUAAAGCUUAA